GUUCUUGACCAUGAACUACCUGUCCAUUCCACCAGCUUUCUCGUGGCCUGUACAAUUCUGUCUAUUCUCGACUGCAACGACUUACAUUGCAUCGAUAAUAACCUCUAAUGUCUCUCAAGUCGACCGCGUGUGGACUUUUCUACCAACCAUCUACACAGCAUACUUCGCACUACUGCCUCUUUGGCCAAAGACGCAACCUUUCUAUCCAGUUCCGACGCCAUACACCCCCGCUGCUCUGGAGAUAGCGGCUGAGGCCUACAACCCACGUGCGCUGAUGUUGCUUGGCUUAGUUACCACUUGGAUGUGCAGGCGCGUGAACCGUACUUGAAAGAGCUCAAAGGUGACAUUCUAACUCGAACCAGACUCAGCUACAACACAUAUCGACGCGGUCUCUUCAAUCUGUUCGUUUCUUAUGUGCUCAUGGAUGCACGAGCUGACCUUUCGAAGGAAGGACGAGGACUACCGUUGGGCUGUGCUGCGGUCACAACUUCACCCAGCCCUCUUUCAAAUCGUCAACCUCACGUUCAUCGCAUUCACACAGAAUGUUCUACUCUUGCUCUUGGGAGUCCCAGCAUACUACGCCGCAAUACAACCUGUACAAUCCCUAGACGGUCGCGAUUACGGCGUUAUAGCGCUGACUUUGGUUGUUCUGGCGCUCGAAUUCACGGCAGACAAUCAGCAGUAUUCAUUUCAGACAUACAAGCACACGCCAAGACGAUAUCAUGAACAUCAACAGUGGCCGGGAUCCCGCUUGGACUGGACAAAGGAAGAUGUCGAUCGCGGUUUCUUGACUCGGGGAUUAUGGGCUUGGUGUCGCCAUCCAAACUUCAUGUGCGAACAGUCGUUCUGGUGGAUCAUGAAUCUUGCAUCUCUUCCGCACCUGCCAACUGUACACUUGGCCGCCAUGUUUCAAUCUCCAUUUUCCGAUUGGUUGGAGCAUCUUGGACCGCUCGCCCCGCUCACACCAGCCGUCGCUUUGUCGAUUCUCUUUUUCAGUUCGACUGUGUACACCGAGGCCAUCACCGCUGGCAAGUACAAAGGAUAUGCCGCAUACCAAGCUCGAGUGGGGAUGUUCAGUCCACCGAUCACUGUUUUCAAGCAAUUGAAGUUGGCGAUGACGGGGGAACUGCCUGAUGUCGACAAGAUCGUUUGGGGCUCCAAGUAUCCGAAGCUGAAAACGGAAUGAAGGUGAAACAAGAUGAUCGUCUAACUGAUUCGUCCAUAACUAUCUUCUGAAUGCAAGGCUGCGCGCCGUUGACAUACCAAGUGUCACUGAAACAGUUCUCGACAGCAAUUGUUGAUCGAGAUCAAGCCAAUGAUUAAAAUUAGUAAUAACGCUGAAGGCUAUUGCGGCUUUGUUGGUUGUCCUGUGGACUGCAUCUCGAACUUGAUGACGAGCC